AUGAACCUGUCGGCAUCCGUGUGCUCGGCGGCGAAGCGCAUUCAGAAGGAGCUCGCGGACAUCGGCGCGGAGCCCUCCGCGGACUGCUGGGCGGGGCCGAAAGGCGACAACCUCUUCCAGUGGGUCGCCACGCUGCUCGGCCCGCCAGAUUCGCCUUAUCGUGGGGGAGUGUUUUUCCUCGACAUUGCCUUUCCCCAAGACUACCCCUUCAGGCCGCCACAGGUGUGCUUCCGCACGCGCAUCUAUCACUGCAACGUGUGCAGUGCCAGUGGGCGCAUUCGGCUGCAUCUGCUGGACGAUGGCUGGAGCCCUGCCAUGACCAUUGCGCGCGUGCUGCAAGCCAUCAUUCAUUUGCUGAGGUUCCCCGUGCCAGAGGAAGCGCUGGUGGGGUGCAUCGCACACCGCUUCGUGUUUGACCGCCCCUCACACGACCGCAUCGCCGCUGAUUGGACCAGGCGCUUCGCCACCCAGAGCAGAGAGGGCGAGGGUUGUGGUAGCUGGAGCAGCAGAGAAGCUGACUCUUCAGACAGGAACCAUGGGGAGACUGUAUUUGCUACAAAAACGUUCCCUUCACCAGCAUCACCACCAUUAUUGUCAGCAGCAGCAGUAGUGUCUCAGGAAUGCCAGAAAGGUUCCCCACUGGAGUUGCAAGUAGGGAGGAGGGGUGUGAUGCUGGGAGCCUCUCUUGCUGCGUCGGGGCUGGUUGGAGGGUCGGUGGCGGGGGUGGGUGGUGCUGCAUGGGGGGUGGAGGCUCGGCAGUGGGGUGACGGCAAGAGUGUGGAGAUUCGACAGAUGAAGGACAACUUUGGGGUGCUGCUAAUGAAUGUGGCAGAGGAGGUGAUUAAUGAGCUGGGGAUGAAGACCGGUGCUGACUACAAAAAAGAGUUCUUCAAGCUGCGGCAGCAGGAGUUCCAGCCGCUCAAGAAGGCUAACUUUGGAGGGCUGGCGUCACUGGGGCAGAGUUUCACAGUGAACGAUGUGCCUUACUUCAACUUCCAGUCAUACAUCCAGUGGAAGCUGAUCGCACGCCUCUUCCCCACGCAGCGAGUCAGGCAGGAGAUCAGUGCCCGCCUGGGGAGGAAGCUGCUCGAUCGAGUGGCACCAGAAGCAGUUGUUAUCGCUCUUGCCCUCCCCCCACCCUCCCUCUCCUCCUCUUCCUCCGCCGCUUCCCCCUCCCCAUCCUCCUCCACCUCCUCCUCCGCCUUCUCCCCUCUCUCUCCCUCCACCUCCCUACCAUUCGCCCGCAUCGCCACGUCAGCACCGCCGCCAGCAUCAUCAGCCGAACAGGUGGACGACCAGGAUUGGCUGGAUCCGCCGUCGCUGCUGUCAAAGCAAUCCCUCCCACCACCACCACCACUAGCAGCAGCUGGAGUGGGGGAGGUGCGGCCAGCAGGGCUGGUGGCUGGGGUGGAGGAGAUUCUGCAACGUCUGCUGAACGUGGGGUUCCUGCAGGCCUACACUGUGGACUGGGUGGCAGCAGCAGGCGGUGGUGGGGCAGAGUGGGACAAGGAUCGCCGAGGCAGCAUGCAAGUGAAGGUGCAGGGGCCGGCCAAUCUGGAUGGAGCAGUGCUGUUGCUUGCAGAGAGUAAAUAUGCUCAGCGCUACUCCUCCUCCAUCAUCCGAGCCUUCUUUGAGCGAAUGGGGGUGCAGGCUGACGUGGAUGAGUACUUCUACAGGGAGAAACUCAAUUACAAGCCCAAGUCGCUUCUGGAGCAAGCCGUUCUAUCGCUCGGCGACCCUCUUGUCCCGGUGGUGAAUCAAUUUGACGUGGAUGAAAUCAUCGAGACCUGGGAUCUCAGGCUACCACCUCAGCAAUAA